AUGAGGCCGUCACCUUUAUUCUUCGGUUCUGAUAAACGUAUCGACAACUGGAUUGAAGAAAAAGAACUCGAGAAGUAUGAUUUGAAGAAAUAUGAAAUUCCCCAAAAAAUGAGAGUGUCAAAGGAAUCGGAUGCGAAGGAUGUAGUGAGAAGAAUGUAUAGAUACAAGCAUAAAGAGGACAAAAGCAAGGAUUUGUAUGUCCUAAUUCCUGGCCAUAAGAAAGAGAAGUCCCCUGGUCUUCUCGGUGGUGGUGUAACUGAGCACACGAUUACUAGAACUACAAAAACUUCUGAUGGGCGGGGUAAAAACCUGAACUUGCCUAUUAAUAUUAAUUUUGGAAGGCAAAACAUCACUAUCAAAGUUGAAGAUGGAGAAAGAUCUAGAAAUAGUGGUGACGGCGAGAAGAAAGAGCAUAGACGUCGUGGUGAUGGUGAGAAGAAAGAGCAUAGACGUCGUGGUGAUGGUGAGAAGAAAGAGCAUAGACGUCGUGGUGAUGGUGAGAAGAAAGAGCAUAAACAUCGUGGUGAUGGUGAGAAGGAGCGACAUAGACAUCAUCGGCGUCGGGGAAGCGGCGAGCCUGGGGGCACACAUGACGAUUCCAAAGACGGCGAAGAUUUCUCUCACGAUCGCCGAGAAAGAAGAAGAAGAAGUAGAGACCGCUCUCGUGAUGGCGCUGAUUCAAAAGGGCGUGGGAAUGGCGGAAAGUCCCGAGAAUAUUCCAGAUCUAUUGAUCAGGAAGUAGAUUCUGAAUCCGACGACUCGAGAGACACAGACAAUGAAAGUAAAAAGAACGCAAAGGAUGACUUGCAGUCUAAUUAUUCUGGAAAAGUAUCUUCCAGGGGACACUCUACAAGACCCCCGACUAUCCACCCCCCCUCUAUAAAGGAGAGUCGUACAAAGGAGCGCUCUGAGAUUCAGUCUAUAAUAGAAGAUGGAUCUAUAGCAUCUUCUCAUAGACCACCCACUGAUAUUCAGCCUCCUCCAAAAGCCCAGUCUAUAAGAGAAGAUGGAUCUGUAAGAUCUUCUCGUAGACCUACCACUGAUAUUCAGCCUCCUCCAAAAGCCCAGUCUAUAAGAGAAGAUGGAUCUGUAAGGUCUUGUCAAACAUCAUCCUCGAAGAGCAAGCAUUCUUUAAGAGCUCCAUCUACAGCGGGGCAAUCUAGAUUAUCCCAAAACACUGACACCUUACUUCCUAGCUUGGACAAACUAACACAAGAAAAUAAGGAUCUUUUAGAUGGGAAGACUUCUCAGGAUGGUCGUAAUUCGACCUCAAGCCAACAUCUAAAACCCAACUCCCGAGAAGUUUAUCAAGCAAAUAGUGAUAGACGACGUUCGGAAAGGGGAAGUAGUGGCCUAUCCAGAAAAAAACGUACCGUAGUCUAUCUGCGCAUUACUUGUUUGUUUAACAGGCGUUGGAGUUUGGAAAAUGCAUAUGGAGUUAACAGCUUCGAAAAUAUAUAUUAG